GGGAAGGCUCGCUCGUAUAUUAAGGCAGCAGCAGCAGCUCCAAGGUGACGGGUCUGACUGACAUCCAACUGGCCUGUAAAACACAGUAAAAAAAUCAAUUUGAGACACCGAUCAAGAUGGGGUUCCUUGGAAGCCUCCUCGUGGUGGCUCUUCUAUGUCAAGUAUACAAGACAUCAGCUACAAUCAGCACAACCAUAACACCACCAUCACGACCUGGAUCAUCUGGUAUGCCUGGCCACAACCUGACGUUCGCUACCACGACCUACCCCGGAUUGAAUUACACCACGAGCGGCAUGUGGCCUCCGUUCAACACGACGGAGCCUUGGUUCAACAUUACGGAGUCUCCGAGCAGCUGCGGCCAAGCUCUGAACGCGUCGACCGGCCAGUUCAUGUACUCCUACUACAUGGGGGAAACGUGCACCUGGGAAAUCUCGGUGCCGCAAGGAAUGGUGGUGACCAUCAACUUUCAAAUGUUUAACAACGACAACAACAGCAUUCGGAUUUAUGACGGCCCACUGAAUCAUGUCACAGACCUACCAGGAAAUGUGUAUUUUUACAACUACGUGUCCUCCACUGAAUCGGUGCGGGUUGUCGUCACAAAGACAAACAACGGUUGGCUGUACCUACAUGGAUAUUUCUAUGCUACACCAGCUGAAAGCCACUGUGGAGGCGUUUUGGAUAUAGACAGCAACCUGUUAAUAUUGUCUCCAAACUUCCCCAACAACUACCCCAGCAACCUGGAGUGCGUCUGGAUCUUCAAGGCACCAAGCCGUGGCAUCUCACUGUCAUUCAUGGAUUUCAGGAUGGAUGCUGACAAUUCAUCACAAGGGCAGAGUCACAGCAGAUGCGUGGGAGAUUCCUUGACCAUGUACAAUGGAGAAAAUGUACACUCCGUGAUCCUGGACUCACUGUGCAGCAACAGCCCUCCCAGCCAGAGCCCGCAGUCCCAUGGCAGCAUGAUGGUGGUGUUGAGAUCCGGUGAAAGGAAUUCUUCUGGAGCGUUUGCUUUCAUUGUUUCACAAAACUGGUUCCAAGGGACUUGUGGAGGUGUAUUUAAUGGAACUGAAGGUUUCAUUUCUGGGAAUGAUUCCUUCAGUAGCUACAAUUGCUACUGGCUUAUUGAAACAAGUCCGGACAAAGCUGUGUUCUUGAAUGGAACCUUCUGCGGGAAUGCUGAAAUCCAUGAAGGCCAGUCCAUCAAAGGGCCGACUUUGGCCAUUGUCAGUAAUUAUUACUGUGAAAACAUAAAUGUCCUCUCCUCUGGAAAUAAAGUCGUAUUAAUCACAUAUGGACCAUUUAACGUGACUUACAAGGCUUCAGAACCGUCAACAUCACUCGGCUGUGACUUUGAGCAAGGAUUCUGUGGAUGGCAAAACAAAUACGAAAAUGCCGUUCAGUGGACGGCAAUUCAAUACAACAAUGUCUACGUAUUGCCAAUACUGAGUCUAAUUCCACACAGUCGUGCUUUCCUGGGCAUCAACCAAUAUAUGUACAACUCCAUGUCUACUCUGCUGGGCCCUCUCGUGACACAUCAGAACGGCCCCAGGUGCCUGAGCUUCUGGUUCAGCGUUGUUGCAAAUAGCAACUCCUCGCUGGCCUUGUACGCGACGGACACAGACUCCGCGCAGCGCUCUCUCCUGUGGGAGGCCUCCCCCCUCUGGGGCAUGAAUGCACGCUGGGGCAGGGCACUUGUCAACAUCAACUACACCAACUACCAGCUUGAGUUCGUGGCCGACACACACAUGCAAGCAAUCUCUCUCGUAGGCAUAGACAAUGUAACCCUGUCUGAUGGAGAAUGCCCUCAAGCUCCCCAUCCGUGCUACGAAUUCAUCAGUGCCUCCGAAGGACGCCUGGAGAUCCCCCACGUUUCAGAAAGUGACAACGACUUCUGCCUGUGGGCUAUCAAUGGCAGCUACAACGAGAGAUUCAGCAUUUUCCUGGAAUUAAGCGGCCCAUCAGAGCAGAACGGCACGGAGGGUUGCUCCUCGAGCAAUUUGGUGGGUGCUGUAAUGUCAAAUACAUACGGCACCCAGUUGAAUAUACAGAACUCUUUCUGCCGCAUCGGGUCUAUAAACAUGACCAUGCAAGGCAGUCCUGUCGUUGCCAUUUACCUUCCAGGGCUUCAGCGAAAAAAUGCAACAUUUAGUGGAAGGUUUGAAGCAUAUGGUUGUAGAAAACAGUUCAAUGAGACCAGUGGAGUCAUUUCAUCACCGAACUACCCAAGUGUCUAUGACAACUAUGAAGACUGUGCUUGGCUGAUUCACUCUCCAGCAAACAAACAAAUCAGGCUCUCAUUUACAGACUUCAGAAUUGAACAAAAUUAUGACUAUGUGAUGGUGUACGAUGGACCUUCAAGAGAUUACCCCCAAUUGGGUAGAUUUACUGGCUUCACUAUGCCCCAAGCCCUGAUUUCAUCUGGAAGCGACUUGUACGUCACAUUCACGUCUGACAACAUCGUCGUAUACACAGGGUUCAGUGCAAAUUAUGAGAGCAUUGAUCGGUGUUCAUUGAGUUUGCAAGGCGACUCUGGCAGAAUAAACAGCUUUUAUGACCUGGGCUACGCAACAAAUAUGCUCUGCACUGUGGACAUUACAGUUCCUAAUGGCUAUUUUGUCAAGCUGCAAUUUAACUACUUCAAGCUACCGGGGAGCGAGCUGUGUGGCAACAGCUCCCUGACCGUGUACGACGGCGGUGCCCAGCAGCGGGGACAUUCUCUGGGCAGAUUCUGCGGCCAAUCUCUGCCGCCGGGCGUGCGCUCCCUCUCCAACAACGUGACGCUCGUGUUUCAAGUCUCGGACAACUUCAUGCAAGAAUAUGGCUUCAGUUUGGAGUUCUACAAAGUUGACCCACUACCAGCCAGCAGAGAAUGUGGCUGGAUCCCUGUAGCAGAACGCAGAGUGAACAACCGGAUCGUGGGAGGCUACGAAGCAAGGCUCGGAGAAUGGCCCUGGCAAGCGAGCCUGCACAACUUCAACAGACUGGCCUGUGGGGGCUCCCUCCUCAGUGACCGCUGGGUUGUGAGUGCUGCUCAUUGCUUCAAUAGUAACAACCCAAACACCUGGACGGUAUACCUGGGCCUGCACUCUCAGAACGAUCUCAGCGCUUCAACUGUCGUGGCCAGAAGCGUCAACAGAAUCUUGAUCCACGAACGCUACAACGGAAGCAGCCAUGACUAUGACAUUGCUCUCAUGGAGCUGUCAGAACGUGUUUCCUUCACCGAUUACAUACAGCCAGUUUGCCUCCCACCUCGCUUUCAGAAGUUUCCCUACCCAGGGAAAUCAUGCUUCAUUUCUGGUUGGGGAACCCUUUUUGAAGGUGGCUACACACUCGACCGGCUUCAGGAGGCUUCAGUAGAGAUCUUCAAGACGUGCGUGACCCCAGGGCCGCAGGCCUACAGCCCAUCUCUAAUCACCAACAGGAUGCUGUGUGCAGGGUACCUCGAAGGAGGGGUGGACACCUGCCAGGGAGACUCUGGGGGUCCCUUGGUUUGCCAGGACUCAAACGGCCACUGGUACCUCUCUGGAAUCACCAGCUGGGGCUAUGGCUGUGCACGGGCUUACCAGCCAGGUGUUUACAGCAGGGUCACCAAAUUCUUGGACUGGAUUCACCAGAACAUGCAGUAGUCUCUUAUACCAUCCUGCACCGACACAAUACUAUAGAUCAUGGAUGUUAAUGAUGGGAACUGUAAAUCAAAAUAAUUAAUGCAGUAAAUCAUUAUGUAAAAAAUGAACUCGUUGUAAAUUGUUGUUAAAAUGUUCAUUUAUAUCGCUGAAUACUGGAUUUUAACUGCCCCAGAAUGUAACAAGGUUUGCAAGUCAAUAGAUGAACAAAGUUUUUGGGUCAAAUCAGACAACUCUGAUAGUUUUUUACAUGGUAUUUUGGUUUUGCAACACCUGUAAUGGAUCCUGGCAGAGAAAAAAUGCAUAUGAUGUGAAAACCACUUGACUAAGGUGGAAAGGUGAUUGUUGGCAUUGGCAGGAGAUGAAUAAAAAACUUUCUAUUUUUCAAUGUUGCUUAAUUCUUUCAACAUUGACACAAUGGACAAUUCAUGGACUGUCUAAACUCUAAACUAUUUGGCCCAACCUGAUUAUACGUGACAGCAAACGUAAGUGCCGUCUAAACUAUGUACGAUGCAUUUAUUUGUUAUAUUUUGACCUGUGACAUCAACUCGCGUCUUUUUUAAAUUAAUUGCCAUGGCUAUUGAGCAGUAGGGGUACUCAGAGGCGAUCUAUAUAUCUUCUAGGGGACCAUUGCAAUGAUCGGCGCAUCCAGACGAGAUGAUGCGUUCCACAGGGAGAUUGUCCUUCAUUGAGGUUGUCUAAGAGUGUGUACGUGGCAAGGUUAUCAGUGAUUUACCUUCACCUUCCCUGGUCAACACAGCCCAUGAGUUUGUGAGUUUUGGUUUAAUAACUCCAUAAAAACAAGACUGGUUUUGGGGUACUCAGAGGCGAUCUAUAUAUCUUCUAGGGGACCAUUGCAAUGAUCGGCGCAUCCAGACGAGAUGAUGCGUUCCACAGGGAGAUUGUCCAUCAUUGAGGUUGUCUAAGAGUGUGUACGUGGCAAGGUUAUCAGUGAUUUACCUUCACCUUCCCUGGUCAACACAGCCCAUGAGUUUGUGAGUUUUGGUUUAAUAACUCCAUAAAAACAAGACUGGUUUUGCACAAGGAGGCUGAAAAAAACCAAGUUUGUGAUGCAAUUCGCUUGUUACAUGUAAAGUUACCUGAGACGCCUCUGUGUAAAUGGCCUGAUAUGAAAACUGUUAUCAUAGUGUGCGUAAUAAAACUAUGGGAAAAUGUAAUUAAGAAAAUACUUCAUGGAAAUAUAUACAAAAAUGAACAUUUUAACAGUGUUUUUGUGGUAUUCCAAAAAUCAUGGCAUAUCUUGUUGGGUAAGAUGGUUUACUAGUUGGGGUGGAAAAUGGCAAUGAUUCUUCAUAAUGUGAAAGACUGAAAGCUGCUCUCAUGAAAUUUUAACUUUCUUUUCAAAAACUGAUUCACACGAAGCGACACUAUUUGCCACAAAAACCCGUAAUAUAUCUAAAGCAUUUGGAAAUCGAUGCAUGCUUAAUAGUAAUCUGGUGAAUAAAGAUUUGAAAUCUGUAAAGUAUAA